AUGGGUGUGGAUCUUCUCAGCAUUGAUGGGAGAACCGCCGUUCUUUGCUGCACCGCCAACGGAAAUCUCACCAGCCUCCACCGCGACAUCAAGCGCUUCUUACGGACUGCCCGAUGGGUUUGCAAGGUCAACGAUUGUUUGCUGCUGACACGUAGGGGUACCAAGCUUCCGCUUGAAUCCCAGAAGCAGCUCAAAAAAUGCGGCGCCAAGCACCGCACCAUCAGCAGCGCAGAAAUUAAACGCUUGUUGGCCACCUCGACCCAAGCCGUCACCGGCGACAUGCGGACGAGACCGAGCAGUUUUGCCAGCCUUCCGCCUCUACGACCUUGUCAAGAGGACUGCUUGGCCGCAUGCAGCAAAGGGGCACGGGUCAUUGAAAUGGCCUGUGGCACUGGCAAGACACGAGUCAUGCGGGAGCUGGUUCGCAACGCAUCCGGCCAGGUGCUCAUUGUUGUGCCUUCGCGCCUCUUGCUGGAGCAGUUCGCACCAGAAUUUCCAAGCUUUUGCAAAGUGGGAACCGGCUAUAACAAGAACAUGAAGAAGCAAGCCCCGGGCUUCAUCGCAGUUUCCGAUUCGGUGCAUCUUCUGCAGGAUCUUGCGUUCAAGUGCAUCAUCUUGGAUGAGGCCCAUCAUCCACUUCCUGCUGGGCUGCCACGCUGUGAGGAGCUGUAUCACUUUUCAGCUACUCACCGGAUGAAGACAGAUUUCAGGUACAACAUGGGGCAGGCUAUUGAAGAUGGGGUACUGUGUGACUAUGACCUCACAGUGCCAGUCUUAAGCAAGGGCCAUGCCUACGUGUGUUUGGCAAACCUGCUUUUGUCCAAUGCUGGCCGCUUCAGGAGAGUCUUGGCAUAUUGUAACAGUGUGCUGGAAGCCAAGCGGGUCAGGCGCAGUUUUGAAAUCUUGGGCAUGGCUGCAUGGCACAUGAAUUCGCACACAGGGCGCAAGAAGCGCCAAGAAGUCAUUGAGGAGUUCUCAGGCAAUAUGCGAAAACCAGUGCAUGUUCUCGUGACAGUUCAAGUGCUCGGGGAAGGUGUAAAUAUUCCCAAUGUGGACACGUGCAUGUUUGUGGAGCCGCGCAGCAGCUACACCGUCAUUGUUCAAGCAAUGGGGCGAGUUUUGCGCCAGCACAUCUCCAAGCCACUUGCUCACAUCAUCUUGCCAGCCGUGGCGGUGCCUCCUACAAAUUCACACAAACUAGAAUCAACAGCCUUUGAUGCCAAGAGCCAGCUGCACGGCAGCUUUUCAUCAGGCGAUACAGGCCAUUUCAGUUCCAACGUUGUACAAUCACAUGAAGUUGAGGUGAUGCCCUGUAGGACAGGCCAGCCGGCAUAUGAGUCUUCGCGGACAACGUCGGCACGAGUGCCUUCAUCGAGCAAGCGCAAACAAACCCAGAAACCCGCCUGCGGAAAGCAAGCCGGCAUGUCAGACUGGGAACGUGAUGAACGGACAGGCGUGCAGGCUGAAGGCGCGAAACAUGGAAGUUCUUCCACGAAAAGUCCUCCAACAGAGGGCCUCUUUGCGGGCAAUCUCGUCCGCACAACUCUCCCGGCAAGUGCUGACAAGGCCAAUUCUGCGUCUAAGCAUGUGCCACAUGCUCAGGACUCUUUCAAAAUACGUAAGACCUGCAGGUGCGAUAAUAUUCAAGUGCGUAAGAAGCUCAGGCUGCCCAGCUCUGUGGAGCAAGGAGCAGAGGGCUUCGGUUCGCAGCUGGAACGCUUUUUGUCAGCUAUUGCCCGUGCUGAUGGUUUCUUGCUGAAUGCUCCAAGCUCCCUACGCUUUCGGCUGGGCUUCGCAGAUUGUAGGUCCUUGCCAGGUGCAGAUCUCGCUUCCAUAACGCACAACGUGAGACACGAACUGGUCACACUUCUGAGAAGCAGAGGCAGAGACCCUUGGGACACAAGGGUGCAAGAAUUGGAAGAUUUUGUGCGGCAGCAUGGUCGGCUCCCAACUCCAACGGACGCGAAGCAUAAGCCCUGCAAGUCGCUAUUCUACUGGCUGAAGAACGUUGGCUCCCACAUGAGGAGACUAUCCGCCAAGCGGCAGGCACAGUUACUCAACUCCCCAGUGUCAAAAAUUUCUUUGCGUGCAAAAGGCUGGCUGGAUCCCGACUUUCGAUUUCGCAAGAACUGUGAGAGAUUGAGACUUUACAUUGAUCGAGUUCAGUCAGUUCCAAAGACAGCACAGAACAAGGCUGAGGAAGGCCGCUACCUAGCAGGGUGGCUACAGAGCCAACGGAGGACAGUACUCGAUGGUUCGGACAGUCGCAGGAAUGCGCGCAGAUGCGAGAUGCUAGCGGCGGCCCACCCUUUGAUAGCAGACUAUGUUGAGUCGUGGAGGCAGCGCCGAAUCCCAAAGGUUAGACAUGAUGCGGAACAGAGAUGGCUGGAGCUAUCGAGAUUUGUGAGUGAGAAAGGGCGUCUUCCACGCUCGGCUGAAGAUUAUCGUCUCUAUCAAUACUUGCGGCGACUGUGGCGGCGAUUUCCUGGCAGAUCAAUGGAAGAGCAGCGGCAACUCUUAAAUGCACAGCCCCUUCUAGCCAGCUACUUUCAGACAGCAACUCGAAAGAGAACGAGCGCCUUCGAACUCCUGAAAAGCGGGGCGACAACAUGA